UAGAGUUUUAUUAGGGGAGUAUAAGUAAAUGCAGAGUACAUUAAAUAAUUGCAUCCCAGCCUGUAUUAGCCGAAUAUCUCUGUAUAUAAUGACACGAAUCGCAGACGGUGACGGACCCUUAAGCUGGAUUUACACGACGCAAUAUGCACGCAAUUUCCAUGCAAUCUGCUAAUAUUGCAUUGCAGCUCACAUAACAAAUUCUCAGAAUUUCACACGCGAUGCAAGCUACGGCGAAAUAUCUGAGAAUAGAUCAUGCUCUAUAUUUUGAUGCAAGUUGCGCAGAACAAGCACUGUGAUUGGUCGUUCUCUGUAGUAAAUUUACGCGCGUAUUUGUAAAUAUAAACAAAAACAAGCUCUUUACAAACAUGGAAUGGACACCCGAGUGUGUUUUGCGGCUCUUGGAUGAAUAUCAAAAAUAUCCAGUUCUGUACCAUAGGCGUGCGCACGGUUUCCAAGGUUUGAGGCGUUUGUCUGCCAAAACUCAAGAUGCAGAAGGAUUGUGUAACAAAAUUGAAAAACUACAGAAGAAACUGAGAGAAAAAACGCCAAUUGGUAAGCUGGAUGAGCUACAGGAAGGGAAACAUCCAUUCCAAGAGAAAGAGCCCCUUAAGUUAUUCCCGGACAACACGAAUCCAGAGACAGGAGAAGUGGGAGGCCCAAAGGGUCCCGAGCCAACACGGUACGGCGACUGGGAGCGCAAGGGCAGAGUCUCCGACUUCUAGUCUCUGGGCCGAUCGACAGCUGUGCAGCAUAAUGUAGUGGCUUUGGGUAACUGUAAAAACUCUACACCUAUUAUAACUGUACUGAUUAUAUUUAUAUUUACUAAUUAAUUAUUUAUAAAUUAUAUUUAUUUUAUGUAAUCACCAAUACUUUUGAGCUUGUGUAUAAAAUCACUUGUUAAAUAAAUCAUUACUGAACUUAA